CAGAGAAAAGCAUGUGAGAGGAGGGAGGAGGCCAGUAUCUUAAAGACACAGAGAAAACACUAAAGGGGACUGUACAGGACAUACAGUUGAAAAGGAACACAGUGAAGCCUGUAUACUGACAAUCCUGGAUAUUUUUCUCUAAUGCGGGAACUGACAGCUGGAGCAAAAAGGAAAGAAGAGGAGCAUCUGGAGAAUCUGGGGCACUUACCUGCUAAACUUCAUCAGUGACCAGCCUGUUCACAGCAAAAUGGAUGGGCUAACUGCUGUCAUUGUCCGGGACUUUAAAUGUCCUCUGCCAUGGCAAAACGUGAGGCUGGGAGCACCAGCCCUGUGGUGCGUCAGAUAGACAAGCAGUUUCUGGUCUGCAGCAUCUGUCUGGAUCACUACCGCAACCCCAAGGUCCUACCCUGUCUGCACACCUUCUGUGAAAGUUGUCUCCAGAACUACAUUCCCCCGGAGUCUCUGACGCUCUCGUGUCCAGUGUGUCGGCAGACGUCCAUCUUGCCAGAGAAAGGAGUCUGUGCUCUGCAGAACAACUUCUUUAUCACUAAUCUCAUGGAGGUCCUUCAAAGAGACCCAGAGUGCUCACGGCCAGAGGCCUGCAGUGUCCUGGAGUCAGUCAGUGCUGCAGCUGCAGGAAAGCCCCUCUGCUGCCCGAACCAUGAGGGAAAGGUGAUGGAAUUCUACUGCGAAUCAUGUGAGACAGCCAUGUGUUUGGACUGUACAGAGGGUGAGCACAGGGAGCAUGUGACUGUUCCUCUGCGGGAUGUCGUGGAACAGCACAAGGCCGCACUGAAGACCCAGCUGGAUGCAAUACACAGCAGGCUCCCUCAGCUAACAGCAGCAAUUGAGCUGGUGACUGAGAUUUCUCGCCAGCUGAAUGAAAGGAAGAAUGAGGCGGUGGCGGAGAUUACCAGUACGUUUGAAGAACUGGAGCGGGCGCUGCAUCAGCGCAAGACAGCCCUCAUCACAGACCUGGAGAACAUCUGCACCACCAAGCAGAAGGUCCUGCAGGCCCAGCUUUCAUCUCUCCUUCAGGGGAAGGAACACAUACAGAGCAGCUGCAGCUUUACAGAGCAGGCUCUCAGCCACGGGAGUGCUACUGAGGUGCUGCUAGUCCAGAAGCAGAUGAGUGAGCGGGUGACAGCGCUGGCCCGACACGACUUUCCAGAGAGGCCACAUCAGAAUGCACACCUGGACUGUCAGGUGGAGACUGAAGGUCUGCGACGCUCCAUCCAGAACCUGGGUGUUCUCCUCACCACAGCAGCUGUAGCUCACACCUCCGUCGCCACAGGAGAGGGCCUCCGCCACGCAGCGACUGGGCAGCACCACACCGUUACUGUGACAACAAAAGACAAAGACGGGGAGCUGGUACGGACAGGAAAUGCUGUUUUAAAAGCAGAGAUAACGUCUGUUGACGGGAGCCGGGCUGCAGAGACAGAGAUAACGGACAAUAAGAAUGGAACAUAUGAGGUGGGCUACACGUUACGCUCCGAGGGAGAGUACUCCUUUGCCCUGUUGCUGUACGGUCAGCCGAUACGUGGCAGCCCGUUCCGCCUGCGGGCGGUGAAGCCGUCAGAUGUGCCACAAUCUCCAGAUGACGUGAAGAGGAGGGUGAAAUCUCCCAGUGGGACAGGGGGCCACAUACGGCAGAAAGCAGUUCGACGGCCUUCCAGCAUGUACAGCACCACCAAGAAAAAGGAGAACCCCAUUGAAGAUGAGCUCAUCUACAGAGUGGGUUCCCGGGGCAGAGAGAAAGGGGAGUUCACCAAUCUGCAGGGAAUCUCAGCCUCCAGUAACGGCAGAGUGGUGGUGGCUGACAGCAACAACCAGUGCAUACAGGUAUUCUCCAAUGAUGGCCAGUUCAAGAUGCGCUUUGGGGUCAGAGGUCGGUCUCCGGGGCAGCUGCAAAGACCGACGGGUGUCACUGUGGACAUGAACGGUGACAUUGUUGUGGCUGACUAUGACAAUCGAUGGGUCAGCAUCUUCUCCUCUGAUGGCAAGUUUAAGAAUAAGAUCGGAGCAGGCCGGCUGAUGGGUCCUAAAGGUGUGGCUGUGGAUAAGAACGGACACAUCAUCACCGUGGACAACAAGGCCUGCUGUGUCUUCAUCUUUCAAUCCAAUGGGAAGCUCGUGACUAAGUUUGGAGGCAGAGGGACAUCUGACAGACAGUUUGCAGAAAAACUUGGCCCAAACUUAAAUAAAUCUGGCUCAGUUUUCAGUCCACACUUUGUUGCAGUUAACAACAAGAAUGAAAUUAUUGUGACUGAUUUUCACAAUCACUCUGUGAAGGUGUACAGUGCAGAUGGAGAGUUCUUGUUCAAAUUUGGAUCUCAUGGUGAAGGCAAUGGCCAGUUCAAUGCUCCUACUGGUGUGGCUGUGGACACCAAUGGAAACAUCAUUGUUGCUGACUGGGGUAACAGCCGAAUACAGGUGUUUGACAGUACAGGCUCCUUCUUAUCCUACAUUAACACCUCGGCAGACCCGCUGUACGGCCCCCAGGGCUUGGCCCUCACCUCAGAUGGACAUGUGGCUGUUGCUGACUCCGGCAACCACUGCUUUAAGGUUUACAGAUAUCUGCAGUAAGCUGAGGGAAGACACCGUAAACACAACUCCUGUUCAGACAAGCUAAUGUCACAUACUGCUUGUGGACAUAGAGCUGCAACGCGUCUGCUCACUUUACAGUGACCCCGGGAUUGACAAAUUAAUCUCCUUUUCAUUUUGUGUGCACAUAGUUUCAAAGAUCUAAUAUUCAGAACUGAAAAAGACAAAAGACAAAAACAA